UCUCGCUCUUAUGACUCUUUCAACUUUUGAGUAUGUUUCUGGAAGUUUCUGGAAAAUCCCGUGGAAAUUGGGGAGAAUUUUCUUCUUAGAAGCGAAGGAAAGAACUUGGGCUGCAGCGAAUUCCCAAGCUAUGGCCCCUGAAUCAUCUGGGUUCUUCUUAGGAUGCCAUUUCAUGCGGCGUGCCCUUGUUGUUCAUGACUGUGUCAGAUUAUGCGAUCCCUUAGAUUUCUGAUCUGUUUUGGUUCAGUUUCGUGGUUGGAUGCCGUUCCAUAUAAUCGAUUUUGACAAUUCAGGCAAGCAUCAAUCGAGUUGCGUGGUAAAGAAGUAGGUUCCACAGGCAUGGGAUGUCUAUCAAAAUGCUUUGGUUACUCAUCCUCCAGAAGACAUGACCCGUAUGAGGAUCAGAAUCAAUAUCUUCAUGAUAUGGAUAUGGCGUUUGCCAUAUCAAUAUCGGAGCAAGAUGAAAUUGCACGGAAAAAUAGAGAACAUGAACAGCUUGAUAUGGUCAUUGAAGAAAGCUCAAAACCGGCAGAAUCUUCUCACCGCGGAGUUCAGUUAGAAGACAACCAACAGCUUGGGCAGAAAGUUCAAAACUGUUUGGAUGGGGAAGAAACGUUUCCUCGGAAGCUAGAGCAGAGAGAGAGAAGUGAUGAUAAACGUGUGGAUGAAACCGCUCAAGAGAGUCUGAAAGCGGGAGGAUCUCCUCGAUUAGAAGAAAGCCGUAAAGCUCAGAUUUUGGACCCUUUAGAGUCUGAGUACUCUCGCCACUGGCAGGAGAAAGGCAAAGGGAAGCAUGCUGAAGAUAGCUCGGUCGUACAAUCUCCUCCAAGCAUUUGUGCCGGUUGCGACUCUGCCAUUGAACCUGGAAGAUCUGUGAAUGUCUUGGAUGCUGUUUGGCAUCCUGAAUGUUUCUGUUGUCUUGCUUGUCACACACCGAUUGCUUUUCACAAGUUUUCAAGUUCAAGAGGGCAGUUUCACAAAUCGUGCUACAAGGGUCGCAAUGGUCGAUACUGCUACGUCUGCAAGCAGAAGAUUCCUUCAACUGCGGCGGGUAGAGUGUUCAAGGAACAUCGAUUUUGGGAGGGGAAGUACUGCCCUUUCCACGAGGAUGAUGGAACUUUCAAGUGUUGCAGUUGUGAAAGACUAGAGCCUCGGGGAACAAAUUAUGUAAUACUUGACACUGAUCGACGUCUAUGUCUGGAAUGUCUUGAGUCUGCGGUUAUGGACAUUGAUCAAUGUGUAAACUUGAACGAUGAAAUCCGAGAUUUCUUUGAAGGCUUAAACUUGAAGGUGGAGGAAAAAAUCCCUCUGCUCUUGGUUGAGAGCCAAGCCUUGAACACAGCCAAGGAGGAAGAACAUAUAGACCAUCACUAUGCGGCAGUAACCAGAGGGGUCUGCCUUUCUGAAGAGCAUAUCAUUCCGAGUAUCUUCAGGGGGCCAAAGAUAGGACCAAACAAACAAUUGAUCGGCGGCUUGACGACAGUACCUAAAAGGCUCACACGGGAAUGUGAGGUCACCGCAAUUCUCAUCAUGUAUGGACUUCCUAGAUUACUGACGGGAUCGAUCUUGGCUCAUGAGAUGAUGCAUGCUUGGCUUAGACUCAAAGGGUAUAGGAAUCUGAAGCCAGAGCUUGAAGAAGGGAUAUGCCAAGUGUUAGCCCACAGGUGGUUGGAGUCUCAGACCUACAACUGCGUUGAUGCAGCAGCUCCAUCUUCUUCUUCCUCCUCUUCUUACUCUGCAACCACAUCAAAGAAAGGUGACCAGCCUGAGUUCGAGAGGAGACUCGUGGAUUUUUUCAAAUGGCAAAUCGAAAAAGACGAUUCGCCAGUCUAUGGUGACGGUUUCAGGAAAGUUAACGAGGUUGUCUUAAACGACGGCCUCCGUCAAACCGUCAAAUCAUGGAGAGCAUGUCGACAGUGUGAUUGAUUGCAAGUCAUUCCCAAAUUGAAGAAACGAUACGACAACAAAACGACAUAUACCCACAUAGAUACUCUUCAUCCCUUUCAAGACUGUAUAAGCUGUCACAGACCACCAUUUUUCCUUUUUUUUUUUCUUGGGUUUUUGUAAUUUAUCGGAUCUAUCUGUGAGUUUUGCCCACAUGGGGUUUCUGAAUGUGUUGUACUUCGUUUAUAUUUUA